AUGUCAGAUUUUAUACGAGAUAGUUUUGGCGGUAGAUUAAUAUACCAUUUAUCGAGGCACAAGUAUUUCAGAUACCCUGAAGAAGAAGAAGAUUAUAUCAUUCCCGAGAAAUAUUUGGUGGAUACCAAAUCAGACAUUCAAUGUUUACCCAAAGAGGAGCUUGAUGGUGAUGAUGCUAGUGCUUCUUUGUCAUCUAGUUCCAGCAUUAGCGGGAAAACCGUGAUACCAGAGGACAAAUACAACAACUACAUUUUUGUUGAAUGGGAUGGUGAUGAGGAUCCGGAAGAUCCACGUAAUUGGAAUCUUUUCAAAAAGGGGUUUUUCAUAUUUGAAGUGGCAUUUUUAACCACGUCGGUUUACAUGGCAUCUGCAGUCUAUACUCCCGGGUUACAACAACUCCAAGAUGAACUUUCAGUAGGUAGAGUGGUUGGUACAUUGGGGGUGUUUACAUUUGUUCUUGGUUAUGGUAUUGGACCUAUUCUAUGGUCACCCAUUUCGGAAAAUGCUGCCGUUGGAAGAUCAUCGAUUUAUGCAUUGACGUUGUUGGUUUUUGUUAUUUUGCAAAUCCCCACUGCUUUGGUGGACAACAUUGCUGGGUUCUGUAUUCUUCGGUUUUUGGGUGGAUUUUUUGCUAGUCCUUGUUUGGCAACAGGUGGGGCCAGUGUUGGAGAAGUGACAAAGUAUUGGAAUUUCCCCUUGUCGUUGGCUCUUUGGAGUAUUGGUGCUGUAUGUGGGCCUAGCUUGGGUCCAUUCUUUGGAGCAAUCUUAUCAGUGAAGGCGGGAUGGAGAUGGAGUUUUUGGUUUAUAAUGAUUGUGUCUGGCUUUUCCCUAGCAAUGUUGACGUUCUUCUUACCUGAGACCUACGCACCCACAUUACUUGCAAGAAAAGCUAAACGUUUGAGAGCCAAAACUGGUAAUAAUCGAAUUACUACUAUGGGACUAUUGGAAAAUGAAGAAAGAACAGUGCAUCAAAUAAUGAUUGAAGCUCUUUGGCGUCCUAUCGAAGUCACUAUAUUGGAACCGGUGGUGUUGUUGAUUGAUAUAUACAUUGCCAUGGUUUACAGUGUGCUUUAUUUGUUUUUCGAGGUGCUUCCCAUUUAUUUUGUUGAAGUUAGAGGGUUCACCACUAUUGAGUUGGGUUUGACAUAUUUGGCAAUUAUUAUUGGUGUAUUGGUUGCUGUGUCCAUAUAUCUUCCGAUAAUCCACCACCAAUUCACCAAACCAAUUUUGAAUAAUGAGACGGUCUAUCCAGAAGUAUUUAUACCAAUUGCUAUAGGUGGCGGGUGUUUGUUUGCAUCUGGUUUAUUCAUAUUCGGGUGGUCGGCAACCACGUAUACACAUUGGAUAGGACCACUUUUUGGAGUUGCAAUAACAACUGCUGGUACUUUUUUGAUGUUUCAAACGUUAUUCAAUUAUAUGGGUGCGUCGUUCAAAUUGGAGUAUCUUGCAUCAGUUUUUGCUUCGAAUGAUUUGGUUAGAUCCACCAUUGCUUCUGUUUUCCCGAUUUUUGGUGCUGCCUUGUUUAACAAUUUAAAAAUUGAUAAAUUCCCUGUGGCUUGGGGCUCAAGUGUUUUAGGGUUUAUUGGUACUGCAAUGAUUGCCAUACCAGUAUUGUUUUAUAUAAAUGGACCAAAGUUGAGAGCAAGAUCAAAGUAUGCCAAGUGA